GAACACCAACCCAGCCGGGAUUCCUAGCCCAACGCGGGAUGAUGAAAAACCUUAUAUAAACCCAACACCACACUAAAACCUACCCUCAAAUCCUAAUCCCAGUCCCAGUCUCUCUUUUCUUUUCUGAAAUUCUCAAAGAAGCUUGCCCAAUUCUCCGAACACCCUUCUUCGGCUCUUGUCCCAGCCACCAUGCAUAUGAUCGUAACCACCCCCGCCGGCGACUCCGCCUUCACCAAUCACGCCUACUGCUCGCCGUCCGAUCUUCCCUCCUUCGCGGUCCCUCAAUCCGACCGCUGCUAUGCCACCGUCGGCGGCAACUAUGUCCUUUCUGUCAGCCCCCAAGAGGGCUUAGAUAGCGGCCACAUUGCUUUGAAUGCGACCCAACAAACCCAAGCUGGGGUUUCUGCUGGUGACAAGGUUUCUGUCACAAGAUUUGUUCCGCCCGAGGAACAGUUUAAGUUGGCACUGCUUAAGAUUGAGAUAGAGUUGUUGGGAAAGAGAACCAAAACUCGACAGGUUGAUGCUGUUUUUCUCGACGAGUUGCUUAGAAACAAGUACAUGUACCAGGUUAUGACGGUUGGACAAAAAGUUUCAAUGAAGUCUGAUGGAGGUCGUGAAUAUGUUUUCACAAUCCAUCAAGCGGCAGUAGAGGGACAAGAAAAGGCUGAUGCUGAUCUUGAAAGAGGGAUGAUUUCAGCUGGGACAUACUUCAUCUUCGAGACACCUAGGGGUUCAAAUGGACUGAAGAUAAUAAAUCAACGUAAAGUUUUCACGCAGAAGGAACUUAAUCUUCAAAAACUUGGCAUUGGUGGAUUAAGUGCAGAGUUUGAAAGUAUAUUUCGAAGAGCUUUUGCCUCCCGUGUACUCCCUCAUCAUGUGGUAAAUAAAUUGGGGAUUAAACAUGUGAAGGGAAUGCUGCUUUAUGGACCAUCAGGUACCGGAAAAACUCUGGUGGCUCGUCAAAUAGGGAAAAUACUGAAUGGGAGAGAUCCAAAAAUUGUAAAUGGCCCUGAAGUGUUGGACUGUUAUGUUGGUGAAAGUGAGAAGAAUGUCAGGGGGCUAUUUGCUGAUGCUGAACAAGAUCAAUUAGUUCAUGGGGAUGAAAGUGAUUUACAUGUCAUAAUAUUUGAUGAAAUUGACGCUAUUUGUAAGAAAAGGACAGGUUCCGGCCGUGAUAGUUCACGCAUUCAUGAUAAUAUUGUGAACACAUUACUUACCAAGAUGGAUGGGGUGGAGCCUCUCAAUAAUAUUCUAAUUAUUGGAUUGACCAACAGAAAGGAGUUGCUGGAUGAAGCCCUUUUGAGACCUGGACGUCUGGAAGUUCAAAUUCAGAUAGGCCUUCCUGAUAAAAAAGGCCGCCUACAGAUUCUUCAAAUUCAUACAAACAAGAUAAAGGAGAACUCUUAUCUUGCUCCAGAUGUGAAUCUUCGAGAGCUUGCUACUCGUGCAGAAAACUAUAGUGGUGCAGAACUUGAAGGUGUUGUUAGAAGCGCUGUGUCAUUUGCUUUAAAUAGGCAACUGAGUCUGGACGAUCUUACGAAGCCAGUGGACGAGGAGAAUAUUAGAGUCACUAUGGAUGAUUUUAGAUGCGCACUUCAAGAAAUUAGACCUUCUUAUGGAGCCUCAGCGGAGGAGCUUGAACGAUGCCGAUUAAAUGGCAUUGUGAAUUGUGGUGAUCGACAUAGGCAUGCUUAUGACAGAGCUAUGCUACAUGUGGAGCAAGUUAGAUCAAGGGAAGGAAGUCCUCUUCUCAAAUGCCUUUUGGAAGGCCCUAGUGGCACUGGAAAAUCUGCCUUAGCAGCUACUGUUGGCAUUCACAGCCGAUUUCCAUUUGUCAGGAUCAUUUCUUCAGAGUCCAUGAUUGGUCUUCAUGACGAAAGGGCGAAAUGUGUUUACCUCGAAAACAUCUUUGAGGAAGCUUACAGGUCACAAUUGAGCAUCAUCAUCUUGGAUGACAUUGAGAGGUUGAUGGAGUUUAUUCCUAUUGGUCCAAGGUUUUCAACCAUGAUAUAUCAAACACUAUGGGGACUUCUGAAGCGCUUUCCUCCAAAGGGGAAUAAGCUUCUGGUGAUUGGAACAACUAGCGAAUUCGAAUACUUGGACUCGAUUCACUUUUGCAAGACAUUUUCUCACACUUACAAUGUUCCUACAUUAACUAGUGAGGAUGCAAAGAAGGUGCUAGAACAGGUAAAAGUUUUUGCUGACGAGGACAUAAAUGCGGCUGCUGAGGCCCUGAAUGAUAUGCCUAUCCAGAAGCUCUAUACGUUAAUUGAGACAGCAGGCCAAUGUGCCAAGCCUGUUUACUCUGGUAAUAAGAAAAUAAAUAUCACUGACUUCUGUAAUUGCCUUGGGGAUAUUGGGCGAUAGCAUUACAUGUAAACUUUUGUUCAUAGUUGUAUUCUGUAGCUUCCAAUACCUUAUUACAUUUUUUCAAGUAAACUUAAAAGGCCUCAUUAUUCUCCACUUGCAGCGAUCUUUUCGUAGGCGUUUGCCUCCGAUCCAAUCGGGGGAUCGAAUUGUUUUUUCGUGUUGUCAGAGCUGAACAAUGAAAAUAGAUGGC